GUUACGUGGCAUUGUAUAGAACUGGGGAAGGGCAGUCGGUUAUCAACCUGGCCGCACAUUUUUCCACUUAUCACUGCGCAGUCACAAAACCGAAUUGCACAAAGAACGUCAAUAAAUAUUUGUAAAUCGAAUUAGCGAAAACUGCACCCAGAAGUUAAUUUUCCGCCGCAGAAUGGAUCAUCGGGUUUUUCUGUCGCUGAUCUUUGUGCUGAGCGGCACCUUCAACGUUCUGGUGGUGAAGUGGGCUAGUCAAGAGCAGGUGACUGGCAGCGAUGGAAAACUCCAUGGAUUCCAGCAUCCGGUGGUUUUCACCCUGCUCAUGUUUCUCGGCGAGUUCCUGUGCUUCCUGGUCUUCAAGCUCAUCCGCCUGAUCUCCAAUCGUCGGGGAGUCAUCUCCGAUCUGGAUACCAUCUUAACCCCGGACAGCAGUGAGUUCAGCCCUCUGAGCAUGAUCCUGCCCACCGUGCUGGAUACGAUUGCCUCCAUUCUGCUGUUCACCGGACUUUACUUGACUUACGCCACCAGCUUCCAGAUGAUAAGGGGUGCCGCCCUGGUCUUCGUGGGCAUCUUUAGUACCAUGUUCUUGAACCACACGCUCACUGGACGCCACUGGCUGGCCAUCUUCACCAUUUCCUGCGGCGUCUUCAACAUUGUCUGCAUGGACGUUCAGCGAGUGGGCUACGACCUGGUCUUAUUGCCGUACACCGACCAGAAAGCCAUCCUGACCGGCGACUUGCUUAUUAUUAUUGCUGAAAUUCUGCACGGUCUGCAGUAUGUUUACGAGGAGAAGCAGCUCAAGACCUCGAAUGUGGCCCCUCUGCAAGCUGCCGGUUGGCAGGGAAUUUUCGGAUUGGUCAUCACCUCGCUUUUGGCCAUUUGUAUGCACUUCAUGCCCGCCGUGAGUCCCUUUAGCGAGAGUUCGCGUGCUGUCUUCGACGAUUUGAGUGAUCUCCUUGAGGGACUCAAGGAGAAUCCCUCCUUGAUUACGGCCCUGAUUGCCUUCACCGUCUCCUGUGCCCUGUACAACUUCAUUGGCCUCUUCAUUGCGAUGUACUCGUCCAGCGCCAACCGCCUAUUGGCCGAUGGCCUGCGCGUAUACUUUAUCUGGGUGUUCGUGAUUGUCAUGGAGUGGGAGAUUAUGAAUCUCAUCACCAUCAUGGGCUUCAUCGUCCUGCAAAUGGGCAUCGUUCUCUACCGGCAGGCCCUUUUCCUGGACUGGUAUCGAGCUGCCAUAGCUCACUGGCAUCGCACUCGCUACGUUGAUUUGAAUUCGGAGAAUGCGGCUGUUCCGAACAGCCGACCAGCGGAUGUGAUCUAAGGAAACGGAUUGAAAGGACUCUUGGCAUCCGUACAAGAUGGUUUGUGAUAAGAGAGAUGGGCUGCAAUCAACCCUGGGCUGAUUCUUCAAAAUUACUAAUCGAUUAUAAAAGUUUAACAUGUAGAUCCAUUAAGCAAAUACACACAUGAAAUGUUAA